AUGUUCGUUGAUUCAUUAAUAACCGGACUAGAGAAGGGAUUUAACACUGGAAUAACCGUGUUACACAACUCUACAUUAGAGUGCAAAAAUUUGCUGUCAGCUAGAAAACAACCUGAAAUUGUAGACAAAUUAUUAGAAUAUGAAAUGGAGAAAGGUUACUUAGAUGGUCCAUAUGACAUACCACCAUAUACCAUUUACAGAAUUAGCCCCAUUAGAAUUUCUCAAGGGAAAUACUCAAAGAAACAUAGACUAAUUGUUGAUUUAUCUUCGCCUCACAAUCAAUCAUCUGAAAAGAGUAUUAAUGAUCUUAUUGAUAAAGACGAAUAUUCUUUGCAAUAUGUGCGGAUCGAUGAUGCCAUUAGCAUUUUAAAGACACUAGGUAGGGAGUCACUCAUGUGCAAAACUGAUAUAGUGGACGCCUUUAAAUUAAUUCCUAUCUCGCAAGAAGUUCAACCCUAUUACAGAUUUAAAUGGAAGAACAAAUACUUCUUCUACAAGAGACUAGUAUUCGGUUGUAGGAGUAGUCCCAAAAUUUUUGACAUGCUUUCCAAAGCCAUCUGUUGGAUAUUAGAAUAUAACUACAAUGUUAAAAAUAUCCUCCAUUUACUAGACGAUUUCGUCACAUUUGACCCCCCUGGCGAAGGUGGACUGAGGAGUAUGGCAGUUUUGACCAUAGUAUUCAAAAAGCUUGGAAUCCCUAUUUCAGAGAGGAAAACAGUAGGUCCAGACACAGUGAUUGAAUACCUAGGAAUUAUAUUUGAUUCUAAAAUUAUGGAAAGUCGUAUUCCCUUGGAGAAAGUUGAAAGAAUAUUAACUUUCCUUAAUAACCUUCGAUCAAAAAGAUCAUGGACAAAACGGGAGAUUCUAAGUGUCUAA